ACGCAAAGUUAAUUUGGAUAAAUUUUGUACCGUCAUUAUGAGACGUUCAUUGUGUCAGUGAUAAAAAGUUUGAAAGUGACAUUAAACAGUGUAAGAGAAAUGCCAGACACGCUGUCCUUGUCCGCCGGGGUUAGCCUGGGGCUGCUCGCUGGGAUCGUGUCCGGAGUUUGUUACCUCUUUGCUAAUGGGAUGUCACGGCCGAGCGACGGACGAAAAGAAAUAAAGCGGCAAUGCAUCAGAACAAACGACCAUCACAUAUGUGGUAGAUGUGGCGGUGACCAGCUUGGAGGUGCGGUUCCUUGCAUCUGUCAAAAUUACGAAUCUAUUAAAUUCGAAUCAGGUGCUUGGUUUUUGCGGCAAGUACAACGAGCCAUCAGCCUUAUGCCGUGGUCUUUUAGCACAGACAGACUGGAACAAAUUGAGGAGGAAGAAUGCGAGGGUUCCAGCUCAGGAGAAACAAGAAGUGACUUACACAAUGUGAGGGAAUUUCUGGAGGCGAUUUCAUCGCGACUCGCGGGUGGUCCACUAGAAGGAACCAGAGUCUCGCCACUAUAUACACAUCCUGCUUAUUUACCACAACAACGCUUGGGACCCAACGCACACAACCAUACCGGUGCGAGCGGAGCUCACGCGCAGCUGAAGCGAUUGGUAGCGCGAGUUGUGGAAGAAGCUGCAGCGUUGCCAGCACUUGCACGAUAUGCCGCUGAACCGCACACACCUACAGAGUCAUCAACAUACGAAGAUCUGCUAGCCACUGCUAUAUUAAAUAAGGUCAUCGAACGUUACCAAACUGAAAGCGGCUCAGGCGGACGCAGUAGCGGGAUACACUCCGCCAGCGCGAGCCCUUCACACUCUGAUAGAUCAUCCCCACGCUCUCUUAAUUCUAGAAAUACAAGAGAUAUCACCCCACCCCUUCGCGAUGAAGACGAUGCAUCUGACUGGGAAGAAGGCACAGACGAUGCGGUUGAAGUUCCGCGACGUGUACCUUUCCCUGAAUUUGGAGGAGACAUAGUACAUACAUCAGAUACCGAACUUCGUGACUUCGAUGAAGUCUCCGGUAGUGAUAUACAGGCGGUCGAUGGAACUUGGGAGGAAAAUUGGUUGUUCCAAAAGAAAAAAAUAAAGAAUAUUCAGUCAGCACCAGUUCCAAUGCUGGUACCGAACUCCAAUACACAAUAUAGAGCUCUCAUCGGCGACAGAGAUGCAGAUGACACUACAGACCUUUCUGAUAAUGCAACCGAUAAUGAAGAAGAGUUAGAAUACACAAGCGAUAUCAAAAAAGUCUUAAACUCCAAACAUGUCAUUGGAGGCAAGCCUAAAGUAGAUGAAUUUGACUUCGAGCCGGACAGCUUAAUGAUCAUCGAUGGAACCGAAGAUUAUGAAAAAGAAAAUGAAAAUAAUACAAACGAGGAACCGAUAACGGCUACUAACUCAAAUUUAGUCACCCAAAAACAUGUGGACAACGAAAAUAUUGUCUAUUCACAGGACGAUACUCAUGACUCUAUACUUGUGUUAGGCGUUGAUAGCGGACCUAUCACAAAAACAGAGUUUAAUUUAAAAGAAGAAAUUCAUAGAACUACUUUAAACGGUCACGAUGAAAUCUUUGAAAAUGAUAGCAUUAGUACAGACAUACCGGACUCGAUUAUUACGACGCAUGCUAAAGAAUCUACGAACACACUGGGCCGCUCGGAGCGCGAGAAAGAUUACGAAGAAACAGAAGCGUUACCAGUUCAGAGAUAUGCCGACAGUCUGCGUAGAAAACAUUUCGACGAACCUCAACAAUUUUCUACGCCUAAUAUUGAAAAAGAAGAGGAAUUAAUACCAGGGUCUAUAGCUGAUAGAGAACGCAAGAAGUGGCUUAACUACGUGGAUAUGCCAAACAAUCCAUAUUCCCCAGAAGCUAUCAAAAAGAGACUUUCCGCUAAAAAUACUUCCUCGUUGUUUGAUAUUAUAACAACUAAGAAAGAUUUAGAAGAACCAAAUAUACCGUCUGACGAAAACGUUCCAAAAACUAAUAAUGAAGUUCACAGACAGGAUUCCAUGGAAGAGUAUGUUCAUGUUAAAAUGGAUAAACGACAGUUGAAUUUAAGCAUAAGCACAGAUGAUAGUAUGAAUGAAAGAAGAUCGAUGAGCCCAUCGCCCAAGGUUUUAAAAGACGUGCUCUCAGAUGAAGUUCCUCAAUUUAAGAGAUACGGGCGGGAUUACUAUAUCAAAGAGGCCAGAUCGUCGUCCGGCGAGCGCAAGAGGGGAGCCUUCGACGGCGCGAGCUCUCCCUCGAGUUCGAUAAACAAAUCGACCAGCUUAGAGAAUUUCGAUAGAGAUUUCGCCUCGCCAGGACUAUUAAUACAUCAGUUCAACACAAUUGCUACCAAUCAGCAGUACACGAAAUUCAGUAAAGAUAACGAGCAUGUAUCAAUAACAACGAUGCCAAACGAAUAUAAAAGUGAAAUAAUAAUAGAAUAUGAAGAUGUUAAUGAACAUACACUAUUUGCUGCUAAGCCCGGCUAUACGGAUGAAGAUACAGACAAAAAAUUCGAAGAAAUUUUACAAUGCGCUUAUAAUUCCGAUAAAAAAUCAUUUACAUUAACAACAGAUAAAGAAAUUAAUGAACAUGAGAAAUCACCAUCGAGCAUAGAAAAUUCACUAACUUCGAGCAGUGUUGAAGAUUCAAUUAAAAUAUAUAACGUACAAACUGGUGAGAUUGUGAAAUGUAAACCAGAAGAUAAGAUAUCAACGAGAUACGCAACGACUGACAAAAAUGACAACAUCGAUAUACCUGAUAAGAACAUUGCAGGAGAAACGUCCAUUGAAGGCAGUGAUGUCGGGGAGGAAGCGGUAACAAUCGACAGUUUACAGGAGGAACCAGAGCAAGUUAGUGAUUUAGACGAGUUAGCUCAUCUGCCGAGUGUGAAGGAACUAGCGAGGAAAUUUGUCAGCAUGGAGAGCCUCAGCGAACCUGUCAAGACGCCACAGCCUCUUUUGAAAAGACAGAAAAGCAAAGAGAAUAUCCUCAGUUCAGACGCGAAACCUGCUUCCAAGCUGAAUUAUAUGCACAGCCUCACUGCGAGAAGUAUAUCUAAGGAAUUCAGGGAAGAACUUAAGUUGUCUAUGGCAACCCCCCUUAAAGUUCCAGGUGGAGCCAAAGAAAUACCAGAAGGUACAGAAGAUAUAACGAGGGAAUCCAGUAGACCAGGAAGUCCAGUUCCCGAACCUGGAACGAUUAAGACAAAGCUAGCCUUUUUCGAAAGUCUAAAAGAAAGAUUUAGCAACAAAUAAGUUGUAUUACGCUAUUGAAUCUUCUUGAAAGCCAGUCUCGAAAAUAUUAAUCAUUAAUUAAUAUGUAUUAAUUACUUAAAAGCUACUUCUUUUAUGGAGAACUGAAUUCUAUAAGUAAACAUUUUUCUGAUUUCCAUUACCUAAGUUAAAUUAACUUCCGUUAUGACUACGGCUUAUUUACUAUUUUGUAAAUUAGUUAUGUAGUUAGUAGUUCGAUGAAAAAAAAAAACGAAAUAGACGAAAAAAUUUAUGAGUACAGUUUCAGUUCCAAAACAAAAA